AUGUUUCGAAAGCAUGCCGUCCCACGAACAUCGCAUGCUCUCGAUUGCUGCGAUCUCGGCAUGACACCGCCUAGCUCAACAUUUCCACCUCUCCUAGCUGGAUAG